GUCAGAGAUUUGGUUUCUACAUUAUGACCCAUGAGAUUCCAAGCCAUAAUACCUGAGCUUCCUGGUUUCAAGUCGUCACUCCUGAGCUUCUUGCUUCCAGGUCGUCAUUCUUCAGCUUCUUGGUUUCCAGGUCGUCACGCAUCAGUUUCUUGGUUCCAGGUCGUAAUACCUCAGCUUCCUGGUUUCCAGUCGUCACUCUUGAACUCCUUGCUCCAGGUCAUCGCUCUAGAACUUCCUGGUUUCAAGUCGUCACUCCUAAGCUUCCUGGUCGUCACUCCUGAGCUUCCUGGUUUCAGGUCGUCGCUCCUGAGCUUCCUACUUCCAGGUUGUCACUCUCGAGCUUCCUGCUUUCAGGUCGUCGCUCCUGAACUUCCUGGUUCUAGGUUGUCGCUCCUAAGCUUCUUGCUUCCAGGUCGUAAUACCUCAGCUCCCUACUUCCAGGUCGUCACUCCUGAGCUUCCUAGUUUCAGGUCGUCACUCUUGAGCUUCCUGGUUUCAGGUCAUCACUCCUGAGCUUCCUGCUUUCAGGUCGUCACUCCUGAGCUUCCUACUUCCAGGUCGUCGCUCUCGGCUUACAAGUUGGAAAUCUCAAAUCAAGGUUUCCAAGCUAGAUUCCUCAAGAAUAAAUCAAACCCCUCUAC